AUGAAUACUAAUAUACGGGCUUUAACUAAAAAAUCGAAAUCUUUAACUAAACCAAAAAAAGUAGAGAAGAAUCCAACAAUCUCUUCAAGACCUACUUCUGAGUCAAGUUCUAUUGUUUCUGAUAGUAUUGUUUUUAGUGAAAAAUGGAAACAAACACCAUAUACUUUAAAUGGAACAAUUGUUUAUAUUGUUAUGGUCAAUGAACUUGGUCAAUUUAUUCGACCUUUUGAAGCAUCUGACUUUGGUCAUUUAAGACAAAGAAAGUCUAGUUUUAAAAAAUGGAUGAUUUCAUCUCCUGAAAAUAGUCGCAAUUUAUAUGCUGUUGUAGUUAAUUCCGAUUUCAAAAUUCUUGAUGGUGUUCGGGCUCAGUGA